AUGUUUAACAUCAUUGAUUUGUGCUCUUCACCACCACCUGGCACACCCCUACCCCUCAAGACGAGCUACAACCCUCGCGCUGGUCGCAUACAAGGGCAACCCCUCUCACAUGCACAACACCUGCCAUCCCGCUGCAUGCCCCUUCCCUUCAACAGGGAUGGAGGUGGGCUCGCAAACAAACAAUGCAACGAGCACCAAGGCUGGAGGAGUGGGAGGAGCAGGCAGGUAUACGAGCUCAGGCACAGUGAGUAUGAGGGGCAAACCCACAAGAUAUGUGGUCUCACGGUUUCCCUUGUGAUGCCCACUCAACCCCCUCUCCUGUACCCCAUCCCAGGGCAAUCGGCGUUGUCUGUGCCACCACAGACGACGCUGGUACACCCUCCCUCGAUAACUCAUGGUAACACCACCAUCGCUCAUUUUGCCCUUGCCAACACCGCCCGUUUCGCCCUCGGCCCUCAUCUCGCCCUUGCCAACACCGCUUGUCGCACCCUUGCCAACACCACCCAUUUCCCCCUGGCCACCACCCCUCAUCUCGCCCUCGCCCCUCACCCCUCAUCUCGCCCUCACUAA